GUAGAAACACUUUGCAUAUUCUUGAACCGGAAUUCUCUUUUAAUAGAAAAAGCGUUUACUUAUCGUACAGCGUUAAUACAAUUAGUGUUCCUUCCCGUUUUCGCUAUGAAAAACAGCCUGAAAGACUUAAUAGUUGUAUGAAUGAAACUUUUGAGUCCACACACUUCGACACGUCUUUGCUUGCACCCGUUUUUCGCCCCAGCUGGGCUGGGCUGCGGUGGGGAGUAGACAAAGGAAACGCUUUUAUAGAUGCCAAGUGGUCUCCUCCCUUUUGUGGCCCCUACGGAAGUUGCUUGCUUGCCGUUUUACUAGAAGACUAUGAAGUUUCUAUUUACUUACGCGAUGCUUCCUCAAGGACGUGCUGGAGUAACUUUUUGAAUGUUUCCUCACUUUUACGGACAGAAACACAGUCCUUUGCUAGAGGAGUAGGCGAAUCUAUUACUUCAUGUCAAGAGGAGGAACUGCGUACAUUCGUCCAACUACGUCACACAUGCUGUCCAUGUGCCCUCGCUUGGUCCCCGGUUUUACCACGCGCCGAGAUGGCAGCCAAUGAUAGAGAGGGCCGAUUUGCACUAUUGACGUUGGGCGCUCUUUCUGGAGAAGUAACAUUUUGGCGCUUCGUUGUUCCUUAUAUAGAUUGUAAGAGCUGUCCACUGGUUUUUCGGCAUAAAGCUCGCAGCGAGCGGGUCACUGCCUUGGCUUGGCUACCGAGUACUUCUGAAUCGCUAAUGGCUGUGGGCUACGUGGACGGCGCUGUAGAGCUCUGGUACUUGCGGGCCUCCGAAGAUUCGGAGUUUGUUGUUGAAAGACUUAUGUUACACGACGCUGAUCGAAGGCACCCGAUUCAUUUUGAAUGGCGGAUCUCGGAAGCUCUUGAAUGGCAGAUCGCCGUCUCUAAGGGACUUGAUCUCUACGUACAUAUACGAGGGAAAACCUUUCAUGUGGCUCGGAAGAGCAUGUAUAUAAGCGGGAUGAAAUGGCUCUCCAACGACGAGCUUCUGGUGUCCUCGCUUGAUGAAAGUCUUGUGCUUUAUUGUUUCCAGCCUUCAGAUGAAAAGUUUUUAAAGAAAAUCGUUGUUUUGCCUGAGAAGACUACAACUGUACUAGAAAGAAGACUUUCAGAAAGAGGGAUAUUCGGCCUGGAAGUGAGCCCUAACAGGGCUUUUGUUACUCUGACCAUGAGGACUCAGAAGCUUUUUAAAUGGUGGACAGUCGUUCGUACGUUUGCGCUGUCUUCCAGCAUAGUUGUUAUUGAGAAUAUUAAGUCUACGCUGACUGAGCUGCAGAGUGACACAAGUGCCUAUCUGGACACCCUAUGGGACUCCUUGGAGUCUUUGAGAUGCUCAGCAAGCAUGCACGCCACCGACUAUAUAGAAGUCGAUGAGGUGCGCAAUACUUCCCAGCCCCCAGUAUUGGGAAAGCAAGAAUAUAUGACUGCCAUCAACGCCGCGAUUGCUGUUUUUAAAGAGCGUGCCCGCGCAUCUUCGAGGGGACUUUUUCUUUUGUAUACUAAGUUAGAGCUGUUGUUCUCAAUGCUCUUAAAGUGCAAACUUUGUGCAGAAACAGAUGCUGUUCGCUUCCGCAUUGAUGAGCUUGAAAAGUUUCUUUUGCAUAAUCAGUUGUACACGAACCUGCAGUCUCUUCAUACACAUUUCGGAAGCGUACAGACUAUCAAUGAAAACGACGAGUCCUAUUUUUCUUUACUUGUGGCGAUACAUAUAAGUUUUUUCUCGACGACUAACGAUGAGCUAGGCCGUCGCACGCAUUCCGCAGUUCUUGCGGGGGCUCAAAGGCUGCAGGCUGACUUGCGUAGUGGUGCUACAUACGCCCCUCUACUGAAGAUAUUAAAGUCCUGGCCGCUAAGCCUUCUAGAUAAGGAAAAGGCAAUGGCUCUUAUUGGACCGCAAACUAAAGAGACUUGCGCGAUUUGCCACUCGGAAAUACCGCUGUCGUCUCUUUACU